AACUCUUUUUCGAGACCUUGCAUUUCUCUGUCUGGUCCCGUAGAAAGUUGUCGGCCAUUUUGAUCGUUGCUGUCGUGUCAGGGUUUAAUUUUACUUUCCCAGCGCGAAACCCGAGCUUUGAGCACUCCGAAAUGGAAGAAACGGCACUGAAGUUUGGUCCCGAGUGGAUCCGCGCACUCACGCAGACCAACGGCGUUGCUGCCCCGGUUCCGUCGACCGGAGUAACAAAGUACAAGCUCGCAAAAUACCGAUACGGCAGGGAAGAGAUGCUGGCGAUGUUUGAUCAAAACGUGCCCAUGCCGGAUUCGCUUCGGGAAUUCCAGCAGCUGGCCGUGGAGAACACACAGCCGCCUCUGGCCCUGGUCACCAUGACGGAAGAAGAGCAACGCGUCUGGGCGCGAUCCGUGAACAGUGACGCAGUGCUACGACUAACAGUGGGCAAAGGCGCAGUGCCCGGUGCGGGUCCCGGUCGAGGCGCCCGAGGCGGCUCGGUCGACCGGGGUCGCGGCCGAGGUCGUGGCAGCGGCUACCAGAGAGGUAUCGGCGAGGACGAAGGUCAGUUCGGCGCCUUCAUCCGCCCGAGGCCCUUCGAGCGCAGCCACAGCCUCAGCGAGCGAGACCAGCGCUGGGAGGAGCGAGACAAGAAGCCCGAGCGGCCCUUUGUGGGACGCACUAGCUACGACGGGGACACAUUCAGAAAAGAAAGCGCACCAGCCGGCAGCGGAGGCGGCGGCUCUGUUGCGGGCACGGCCGCAAGCGCCGGCAGGGCGACCAGCGACAACUGGCGGAGCAGCGGAGGCCACGCCGAAGAGGACGACAACUGGCGUAGCGGCGGCGGUCGUGCUGCCUCAACCGAGAAGUGGAAGUCGUGGCGCAACCACAGCAAGGGUGACGGCGACGGCGACGACGGGCCCCCCUCCGCGGUCACCAACGGGCCCCUCAAGAAGGACCUCGGUCGGCACUGGCUCGAGGAGCACGGCGGCGGCGGCGGCGGCAGUCACUCCUCUGAACAGCUGCCGGAGUGGAUUCAGGACCAGGGAGACACAGAGAAGGUGGGCUGCUUCGACGCGAAAGGCGCUUUCGUCGACACCAAAGACAGCGAGGAAGAAUCGUGGGAGAACGAUAUACUGCCCGCUCCGACGCCGGACGCGCGAGCGCUCCCCAAACGCGAAGAGAAGCGAUCCCAAGAGCCGCCGUCUCCCAGCGUCAGUCAUCCGAGUGAGCCGUCAGUGGAGAAGCCCAAGUCGCCGCCCGCUCCCGUGCCCGUGCCGUCGUCGCCCCAAAAAGCUGAAAGUUCGCCGCCUAGAAGCCCCCCGAAACCAAUCCCUCCCGCUCCAACGUUGCACGCCGUGCCACCGGUGCAGAUGAAACCCGUCGAAGACGACGCGUCAAAGGUGGUUUCCACGUCGCCCAAGGACGACAGUUUCGCACACCUCGCAAAGGCAGCGGAGAACAUGAUGGCCGAGUGGACCGCGGAAGAAGAGAAAAAGUUUGUGUCACAGACCGUAGUUGGGGAGCACAACCUGCCAGAACAUUUGUACAGAUGGUUAUACAAGGAUCCUCAAGGUGACAUUCAGGGGCCGUUUUCAUCUGCCGAAAUGAUGGAAUGGUUUCAGGCUGGCUAUUUCACCAUGGACUUGAUGGUCAAGAGGGUGUGUGAUGCGGCUUUCUCAAAGCUUGGAACACUGAUCAAAAGCUGGAAUGUUGUACCUUUCGUUGCCACCCAGCAACCACCGCCACUCAAAGUUCCACACGGUGCAGAACUUGGUGUGCCUUCCGGUAUGGGCCUCGGAGGUCUCCCUCAUCCCGGACUACCCAACAUGCCACCAGGUCAGGUGAAUUAUGCGCUACAGCAGCAGUACGUGCAGGAAGUCUACAGAUUAGCCGCCAUGCAGCAGAUACAGAACAGCCUGAAGACAAACGAGGCAUUCGCAAACUUAUCUCCCAUGGACCAAAACAGAAUCUGUUUGCAGUACUACAUGGCCAGCCACUCGUUGUCUAGGCCUGCCGGAUUUGGCGACCAAACGCCUCUCAUGAAUUUGCUGAGCUCUGUGGGACCACCUCCUAUGUUCGGACUGCCUCCAUCACUCAUGAAGGAGCCCCAGACUGAAACAAACUGGCCGCCUCAGCCAGUGACCACAGCUUCUGCAACUCCCGCCCCCGAGUCGAGGGGAACCAGUGUUUGGGAUGCGGACUCUAGCAUCGUGUCAGCAUCGCUGGCCAUGCCAGCCGCGCCCACCAGGAACAUCAUGGAGACCCUAUGGCAACAGCACCAGCAGCUGGCGUCGCAAAGCCUUCUGGCUGAGCAGAUGAGAGCAAAGGAGGAAGAGGAGCGACGAGCUCAGGAGUUGCAGAAGCAGGUGCGGCUGGAGGAGGAGCGGCGGCUGCUGGAGGAACGGCGACUGCUAGAGGAGCGUCGCAAGGAGGAAGAAGAGCAGAAGAGGCGGCAGCAGGAGGCAGAGGCACUGAGGAAGGAGGAAGAGGAAAGGCGGAAGAGGGAGGAGGAAGAGCUGCGCAAGAGGCUAGAGGAGGAAGAACAUCAGAGGAAGCUUGAGGAGCAGAAGCGAAAGCUGGAGGAACAGAAGAGGAAGCUGGAAGAGCAGAAGCGAAAGAUUGAGGAGCAAAAGAGGAAAGAAGAACAGCGCCAACUGGAAGAAGAAAUGCUCCGGCAACAGCGGAUAGAGGAAGAGAGGAGGAGGGCACUCGAGGUCGAAAAACGGAAGGAGGAGGAGAGGAGAGCCGCCGAGGAGGCAAGAAAAGCUGCGGAGGAGAAGAAGCGGCAAGAGAAGGCCAGGCAAGCUGCGGCAACUGCUGCCGCCGUUCAAGCGGCAGCUGCAGCUCAAGCCCAGUCUGUGCAACCCGUGAAGAAGAGUCCCAGCAAGGUGUCGGUAAUAGACGCCGACGAGUUCAUGGCCCUCAAGCAGCCUCCCAAGCUGCAGCCGAAGGCGGAGACAGCGAAGCCGGAAAAGCCGCAAGGUCCUGUGUGGGGCGGAAAGGCAAGCCAACCAGCGUCAUCGUCUGCUCUUUCGCUUGCUGAGAUUCAGCGGGUGCAGGAGGAGAAAGAGAGGAACUUGGCAGCCGAACGGCUCCAGCAGCAACGUAAGCAGCAGCAAGCUAUGCAGCAGGCCAUGCUGCUGCAACAGCAGCAGCAGCAACAGCAGCAACACAAGGCAACCCUCACGUGGGCGUCGCGGGCUCAGGCCUCUUCCUCUGGUGCUGUGAAGUCCCUGUCAGAGAUUCAACAGGAGGAGGCCGAGCGGGCAGAUAAAAUGAAGAAAGCCCAACAGCAGCAGCGCCAGCAACAGCAGAUAAUGCGGCAGCAGGAAAGCAGCAUCCUGCAACUUGCGGGCGCCUGGGGAAGCUCCACCAACAACCUGUUGAAAUCGUUCAACAACAGUUUUCAGUAUCUCGACCUCAUUCCCGACGAAGACUCCUCGAGAGGCUUCUGGGACGAGGCUGCCACCGCCGCGCCACCCACAUCAAAGCCGGCGCCAAAGCAGGCAGCAAAGCCCGCGUCCAGCUUUCCAUCGUUAGGAGGAGGUGCGUCUUCGUCGUCCACCGGCCGGAGCUCCAAGGGCCAGCAGAGCAAGAGAGCCGAAGAGCAAGUGAUGAAGCUGUUCGAGGAGCAUGCCAAGGCGGCACCUACAGACGAGCUGACGGCGUGGUGCGUGCAGAGGCUGGGUGGCAUCCAGUCGUACUUGGACAUUCCCACGGUGGUGGCCAUACUCAAGGACGUUGAGUCUCCGGCCGAGGUGCAGGAGUACGUGCACAACUUCUUCGGCAACAGCCAGGACACGACAGACUUUGUGCGUCAGUUCCUGCAGAAACGAGAGCAGUACCAGAAGGCGGGCUCCGCGCUCAAGUCCGACGAAGCGUUCACUGUGCCAAUUGUGAGCUCAGCUUCCAGUGUGACGGGGGCUGCUGCAGCGGCAGCCAACUCCAACGAUGGGUUCACAGCUGCGCGCUCCAAGAAGAAGAAGAAGAAGAUGCAGAAGGUGGACAGCUCCCUGCUGGGUUUCACAGUGCAGGCCGACCCGACACGGCUCAAUGCAGGUGAAAUCGACCGUGUCGAAGGAUUGUAAAGGAUGUGGUUUUGUUUGCGUACGGCACAGGCACUCACAGUUUGCCAUAGACAAAAAGAAACAAAGGGGCAGAAAUACGGAUGUGUUGUAAAUACAAAAAGGCAUUUUCAAUUAUUUAUUAAAAAAAGAAGGAGAGGUGGAGGGGAGUGAGAGAACGGUAGCACCUCAACCUGUCUGGCUCCUGCCUCCCACAUUUUCGUUAAGGCUGCACAUGUUGCAAGUGAGCGUAGUGAUUUCCUUUUUUUUUUUUCUUAACCCUUGCUCAUGCUGCUGUCGCUUAUAACCAGCACUCAAGUUCAAAGCUUUAUUUCGAAUUGUUUUAUUUGUGCUGCUGAUGUAGUCACUUCUUCCAAGGCUGUGCAGAAAACUGGUUUUUACGUCACAAUGCUUGUCACUAUACCACAAAUUUUACCACGUAGUGCUCAGACCUAUAGGUCCACGUUUAAAGAUUGUGUGCACUGUCUCGGUUUAUUCACGUUGCCUUAUUUCUUUUUGUACUUAAACAGAGAUUGGUUGUCGUUUAUCUCUUUAGUGUGACUGACUGUACUGCGCCAUGCUCCCUUUUCCUUUUCCUGUGCCAAGUUCUUGCACGACUCUGUGAUGCCGUGCGAAGAAACAUGCUCUCUUUUUGUCUGUGUGAAAACGUUCUGUUGUCGACCAGUGGCGCCAACAACUUUUUGCCUUAGCUCACAUGCAGGUUGGUAAGCACGCAGCACUCCUUCCUUCCUUUUAUGCGUUAUUCUUUUCAUGGUGCGGCGAACUGUUUUUUUUUUUAAACUGGAUGUCGAGACCAGUGUGUCAUAGGAGUGAAUGCUGGCAGGCUGUAGCGUAGUUUUCUUACUCAGUAGGCUGGAAAAGUGCUUAAGGCUUGUGCCAUUGCCCUUUGACAGCGUGCGUUAAUUUUUUAGUUUUAAGCUCUUAUAAGAAUAGGCCGCAUUUUUUACGCGCCAAUAAGGAAACUGUCACGAUUUUUCAUUGCUCGUUCUUUGUUUUAUUUUGUGGCUAGCUGAGCCAGCUUAUGUAACAGAUCCGGUUGGGGCAGGGGGGGAAUGAUUUUUUCUGGCGCACCAUUUUAUUAAUUAGCCUCCCAGGGUUAUGCACAUUUAUUCGUACACACGCUGAAGUAGUUUUGCUCGAGUCAGUUUUCUAGCUCGCUCUAUUUCUUCUGUUCGUUUUUUUUUUAAUAUACAUUUUUUUUUCUUUCUUCGAGGUUCCUAGAUUGCCUCGACCACUAACGAAGCUGUUGUGCUCCUCGCUGUACGAAGAAAAACUCGUUAAAACGAACACCUCCCGUAUAGCCACUUGUGUCCUUUCCUUUGCCGCCGCUUGUCCGGCAUGUUUGUCUCGUGAUCCGUCAUCUCACUCUGCGUGCGUGUCCCUUUGAAACGGAAAAAGGAAAAAAAAAACGUGGUGUGCCACCGUUGAAUGCAAUACACCGCUCUGUACAUACCGUCUCAGCGAGUGCCUUAAGACCUGGUGUGUGUACACAGCUCCAUUCUACUGUGUAAUUUUUUGUAAAAUAUGACGUGUUGUGUGAAUUGCAUCACUGUACAAUGACAAGCGAAAAAAGAAAAUUGAAACAACAAGAAACGAAAUGCCUGCUCGAAAUAAACCAUAUUGGUUUUCAUGCCA